AUGGAUGAAGGUAAUCAGUCUGCAGUGUCAGAAUUUGUGCUUCUGGGACUUGGCCACUCACAGGAUGCUCAGGUCUUACUGUUCAUGCUAUUUCUGGUUGUUUAUGUCACCACUGUAAUUGGAAAUAUGGUCAUCAUGAUUUUAGUCAUCACUGACUCCCAUCUCCACUCCCCCAUGUACUUCUUCUUAGCCAACCUGUCCUUUGUUGAUAUGUGGCUUUCCUCAGUCACCACUCCUAAGAUGAUCAAAGACUUUCUCACAGAGAACAAAGACAUUUCCUUCGAAGGCUGCAUGUGCCAGAUCCUCUUUGUGCAUUUUGUUGGAGGGGGAGAGAUGGUGCUUCUGGUGGUCAUGGCCUAUGACCGCUAUGUGGCCAUCUGUAAACCACUCCACUACUCUACUGUUAUGAGCAUGCAAAGGUGCACUGGCCUGGUGGUUACUUCCUGGGUAGCUGGCUUUGUGCAUUCUAUAGUUCAAUUUGUACCAAUUAUGCAACUUCCUUUCUGUGGCCCAAGGGAAAUAGACAGUUUCUUCUGUGACAUACCACUUGUAAUCAAACUGGCCUGCAUGGAUACCUAUUAUUUGGACAUUUUCAUAAAUAUUGACUGUGGAGCUAUUGCUGUAACUUGCUUCAUUCUGUUACUGAUAUCUUACACAUAUAUGAUCCACACCAUCCGUCAAAACUCUAAAGCUGGUGCAUCCAAGGCACUGUCCACCUGCUCUGCCCACAUCACAGUGGUGAUGCUCUAUUUUGUGCCCUGCAUCAUCAUCUAUGUGUGGCCACUCAACAUCACCUGGCUGGACAAGUUUCUUGCUGUGUUUUAUUGUGUUUUUGCACCUUUACUAAAUCCAGCUAUUUAUACACUGAGAAAUAAAGAGAUGAAAAAUGCUGUGAAAAGAUUCAGACGCUACUGUGUGGGGCCCAAGGGGAAUGCCCAAUGUUCAGAAAUGUGA